GAAUCAGGUCCAGUCCAUUCUCAUCCCUCUGCCUCCAUGUGAACAUCCUCCGGCAGCUUCUCCUCUUCCUCUGGACUCCAACAUGUGAACCGGAUCUGAUGCUGACAUGAGACAAGACUCUGGAUCUGGAAAUAUUUAGGACCUUAACUUAAAAAACAAAAACAAAAACAUAAAUAAAACUUAUGCGACUGCUGAUAUGACCCACGUGGAUGAUGGAUCGGACCUGGAUCUGCUGUGAAAUCCUCUUUAUUGUGACUGUUUUGGUGAAUCCGUCGCUGUCUGAUGGAGAUGAAGCCUCGUGUGAUGGAGCCUUUGACAUUUAUUUUGUGUUAGACAGGUCAGGCAGCGUGGCAGGAAACUGGCAUGAGAUCUAUGGAUUUGUGGAGCAGCUCACGAGCAGGUUUGUCAGUCCCAGAAUGCGGGUCUCCUACAUAGUUUUUUCUGCCAGAGCAGCUGUAAUAUUACCACUAACCGGAGACAGAUCUGAGAUUGACGAAGGUCUGAAGAUGCUGAGCCAAAUCAAACCUGCUGGUGAGACCUACAUGCAUGAAGGCUUGAAAGCAGUGUUGGAGCAGAUGAAGAAGCAAACUUCACCAUCGUCCAGCAUCAUCAUUGUUCUGACUGAUGGCAAACUGGAGGUUUACCCUUUUGCACUGAGUGUAGAUGAGGCUGACAAAGCCAGAGGGUUUGGAGCCAGAGUGUACUGUGUCGGGGUCAUGGACUUCGACCACAAACAGCUCGCUGAAAUAGCAGACAACACAGAUCAAGUGUUUCCAGUGCUGUCCGGGUUCCACGCCCUCAAAGACAUUGUAAACAAGAUCCUGAAGCAGACGUGCACAGACGUCUUCAUAAUAGAACCAUCCAGUGUUUGUGUGAAUGAGUCUUUCAACGUGGUCCUCAGAGGAACCGGCUUCACUGGAUCUCGGAGGACAGAUGGCGUUCUCUGCUCUCUCACUGUCAAUCAAAACACAUAUGACCAGAAGCCGACAGUUGUCAAAGACGGGUAUCUGCUGUGUCCUGCUCCUGUUCUGCAUGAGGUUGGACAAUCAGUUCAAGUGUUGGUCAGUCUGAAUAAUGGACAGUCAUACAUCUCCAGCCCUAUCACCAUCUCCGCCACUUCAUGUUCCGAUGGGACCUGGGUCUUCUGGCUGCUCCUGGCCCUGUUGUUGCUCCUGGUUCUGGUUCUGCUCUGGUGGUUCUGGCCUCUGUGCUGCACCGUGGUGAUCAGAGACCCUCCUCCCUCUAGACCCCCUCCUCCUCUACCUGUCAUGGAGCCAGAAGAAGAUCCUUUACCCAAACAUAAGUGGCCUACGGUUGAUGCUUCGUACUAUGGAGGCAGAGGUCCAGGAGGGAUCAGACGCAUGGAGGUGCGAUGGGGGGGUAAGGGGUCCACAGAGGAGGGGUCUCGGUUAGAGAAGGCUAAAAAUGCAGUGGUCACCAUGCCGGAGGAAGUCGACGAACCCAUCAUCCCCCGACCCCCACCGAGACCCCCCCCGGUUUUACACCCUCCCCCACAGUCCAAAUGGUACACUCCGAUCAAGGGGCGUUUUGAUGCACUGAUGGCGUUACUGCGGAGACAAUACGACAGAGUGGCAAUUAUGAGGCCGACACCUCAGGACCAGGGUCGCUGCAUUAACUUCACCAGAGUUCAGAGUCACUGACGGUUACAAAACGAAGAUCUACUUUUCACUGCUUUACUCUUAUUUUGACCAAAGAUAAAGUAUUAUAUGCAUGUUCUGAUUCACUGUGCAUUGUAAAUAAAUGUUUUUACU